AUGCCCAAGAAAGCAACAUCACUGUUCGACCUGAAGGGCAGUUCAGGCAAGGCAGUGCCAACAAAUUGGCCGUCUCAUUUAGUGUUCCUGCGCUCAGCCAAGUAUCACAGCUCUGUGUCACCUGAGACCAGGAAAUACUUGCAGAAUUGCUCGUCCGCAAGCAAUCGGUCAAAUUAUCCCUCGAGCAAUCCUAAGGUUCUCAUAAAGAGGAUAACCGGUGCAUCUCAUCCAGCUUAUGGCCAAUUUGGGUUGUUCGCCGCCCAAAGAAUACCUCCAAAGACGUAUAUCAUCCAAUAUCUAGGUGAAAUACACUGUAACGAUCGUCCGAGCUCCGACUAUGAUUUGUCUCUCUGCAGGCUGCCAGGUGGUGUCAGCGUCGGAAUUGACGCCAGCGCCAUGGGCAAUGAAGCCCGGUUCAUCAACGACUACCGAGGCGCUUCGGCCAAGCCGAACGUGGUCUUUCUAGACGGAAGAGAAGCGUCUGGAGAGCUACAUAUGAGCAUCUGGAGCGCCAACCACGAGAUCAAGAAGGGCGAAGAGAUUCUGGUCUCCUACGGGAAGUCAUGGUGGCGGUCUCGCGCCGGUACCCAUGACGAAGAAACGUACGAUGACAAACAGUGA